AUGAGCGAGGUUCACCACUUGUGGCUUCGACUCUACCGCUUUUUCACCAGCUUCCAGGUCGAACUCCGCGGCCACUACACAGCCGAGAGGAUUCAAGCACUGGCCAAGUACCUGGCCUCAACCUCGACACCCCGCACACUCCUCAUCUCUGUCUUCUCUCCCCUACCGUGUCUUGUCAUCGUCGCUCUAGUUGAGUGUGUCCCGCUAGCUCCAACCGAAGACGGAUCUCGAGGCAACGCCGUCUUCUGGGGUAGGGACCUCGUCGCCGCUUCGUUGAUGAUGCGCGCUGUGCUGGAGCAGAUCCGGGUGGCGGUCCCUGGUCUGGGGAUGACCCCGUUGCAAGCCAUUGUGGUCGCGAUUGUCGCAACGACAGUCUCUACUGCCGACGAUGGUAGUCGUGAUUCUGAGCUUCGGGAUAUUAUUCGGUCGAUUGUUGGAGCAGAGCUCCGGAAGGAGAUGAACAGCUUCGCCAACGUGCAGAACUGUCCGAUGCCGAUCUAUCUUUACGGGUUCAAUCGCUUGGGCCCGCUGGGGCAGAACAUGUACCUCGGUCUUCUCCCUGUUAUCAAGAUCAUCGGCAAGAACUGGAUCAGUUAUUUCUUACGCAACAAGUACGAAUUGAUGGCACAAAUCAUGAUCUUCAACCUCGACGUGUUUAACGCCAUGUACGUCUUGAGCUGCAUCCAGAACUCCAAAUCGCUGAGUACGACCUUCAUUUCGAUCGGAUUAGACGCUGUGCUCGCGUGGGUGUCCAUGACGGACCUCCGAAUUAUGACCAAGAGGGUGUUUCUACUGCGACUCAUUCAUCAAGAAGCUGAGAACGCCCGGGUAUCGUCGUUCCACCAGGUCCCUAUUCAUGGGUUCAUCCUGCUGACUUCGUCUGGAAUCGAUAGCGAGAGGGCGGCGCAAGUGCUGUUCACGGCGGAAUUCGCCAUCCUCGUGCUGUAUACGAAGUUUAUCGUCCCCUUCCUCUUCGCUACGUGCACCUGCAUCCUGUUUUAUAUGCCAAAUCGUGCCUACUACCCUCAACUAGAGGGUUACGAUGACGGGGUGCUCAAGGAGAAAGUGAGCAACGUGGCCGUGUUAGGGGUCUCCCAGUUCGUGUUGCUUGUUGUCAAUGGGCUUAUUCUACAGCGAAGACUCGGGGUCCCCGUGCUGCACUUGCUCUCCUUCGGGCUCGACCACGGCAAGAAAUCUCCGUACAGCAUGGUCAAUCCACUAUAG